CUUAUCCGAAUGUUUGUGUAACUUGAUCCUUAUUUUUCUCUCGCUGUUGUAGGUUACAUUUGUAGAUUUUUUUUGUGGUUGAACGUAUAUUUAUUGAAUUCCAAGUAGAAACCGACCAAGGAUCGGUUCAUUUGUCUCUGAAAACAAUGGAGGAUUCGAAUGGCACGGAUGACAACCAAAAACCACGAGAUGCAGAGCUUCCCUUGAAAGACAUGAGGAAUUGGCAGCUCAUGCCAGCAGCGAAUGAAUCUCCAGUUAAAUCUACAGCUGUAGUAAAGUACUCAGCUGUGCCACAAGCUGCUUCUUUUGCACAGUUACAAUGUAAUACCGAUUUGAAUUUGCCACCAUCUAAUUGGUUAACAAGUUCAGCUGAAUCGUAUGGACUUCAGCAUGUGCCAGCACACUCGACAGGUUUUUCAAGCUUUCGUUUGGCUCACAUGUUCCCAGACUGUGUCGGUCAAGUAGAUGUUGUAUCAGAUGCGGAAAAUAUUAAGAAGCUACUGAAGAUUCCUUACAGCAGAGGCGUAGUGAGUAUGAUGGUUCAUAGAGUGGAGAAUACGCUUCUGAUAGAUGACUUUGAUGUUCAUAAACUAUUAUUACAACAAUCUAAAUCAGACUGGGAAUGGCUACGUGAGUUUCUACUCAGCAAUGUUCUUCAAAGUAUGAGUAUUAAGGAUAAAGGCCUGGUACCAAAUCAUAGAAGAUCUGCUCUUCAGAAUAGGCAACUUGUCAGCAAGUUUUUACAUCACAGUCUUGCUGCUACAGAUCCACCUCCUCCUCCUCCACCACUUCUUGAACCAGCCUCCAGACUCCCCUUAUCUACAAAAGAGCCACCACUGCCUGAACCACAAGUCACAGAAGAACUUCCCGACUCUGGCUCAAAUCAUAGAUUUUUAAGAAAUGUUGUAUGGAAUUUUGAGGAUUUGCAAAUGCUGUUGGGGACUGAUAUGCCUAUUUUUGGUGGUUCAACUCAUCCAUGUAUUAGUCUGCGACUAUGUGAUGUGGCAAAACCUAUCAGUGUUCUUACUGGGAUUGAUUAUUGGUUAGACAAUUUAAUGAGUAAUGUGCCUGAGGUAGUUAUGUGCUUCCACCUCGAUGGGAUUGUUAAGCGGUAUGAAUUGGUAAAAACUGAAGAUUUGCCAUAUUUGAGUGACUCAAAGUUUUCAGCAAAGCAUAUAAGAGAUGUGGCCCAAAACAUUUUGUCUUUCCUCAAGACUAAUGCUGCCAAGGCAGGACACACUUAUUGGUUGUUUAAAGGGAAGGAUGAUGAUGUUGUGAAGUUGUAUGACUUGACAUCACUAUGUGACAAUGUGGAUGACAAAGGGCAGAAUCCAUUUACGGUUCCUGUGGCAAUGCUGCUGUAUCGAGUUGCUCGCAACAUGAAGCACUCAAUGGAAAGCCAACACAAGAGGAGCACCAUAGCAGUUCUUUUAGAAAACUGUGUAAGGUUGCUGGAUGCUCAAAAAUAUCCUCAGAUUGUCACAUCAGCUCGCUAUAUGCUGUCAGAUUUAUUUAUACCAGCUACCUUAGACCCAGCAAAACCAAUAUUUGAUGAUGAAUUGGAUGAUGAAGAAAGGGAACAGGGAAAUCAGAAUUUAAAUUGUACCACUACCGGCUCAUUCUUUAACAAAAAGAAGACUCAAACUGAUUCAAAGAGCCCACGCAAGAAAUCCUCUUAUAAUUCUCUUAUUCCAUCCUCUGACUCAGAAGAAUCUGAAGAUUUCAUUGAACCUGAGAGAAAGCAACUCUUCAAAGAUUAUCCAAGAAAUUCGCUUACGUCUGUGAUGGCAUUGAAUAUCUUGAAUAAUGACACUCAAUCUAAAAGUGAAACAGAUGAUGAGGAAGUUCCAGUUUUCUCUAAACCCCCUCCUCUUGCUGCAAGUGUACCAGAACGCUGUAUGUUGGCAUUGAAACAAGUUGCUGUUGGUCUUCAAUGUCUUCAGUAUUUUGGACAGUCUGAGCAGAAAAACUCAAAUGGUGAACAUCAGAUGCCAGAAGAAGAGGAUGCUCCUCAAAUGGCUAAACCAUUUGAGCCUAUUCCCAUGCCAUACAUCCCUCUUAAGAAACCAGAUCAAAAAGAGGAAAAUGAUAAACCAGCAGAAAAACAUAUGGAGAAACACCAUGAAAAGCAACCAAAGAUCAAAAAGAAUAAAAAUAAAAAUGCAAAGGGGUCUAGCAUUAAUGAUGAUGUGAAUAAACCUGAUGGAAUAAAGAAUCUGUUGUGUCCAAUGCCUGCUGGCUGUAUGCCUACCUGGCAGACUCCUGACGCAAAUGACAAUGCUUCAUGGAACACACAUCUCAAGACACUCUUGUAUGAAAAAGCUUGUCUUGUAUAUGCCACAUUAGCUGAGCAUGACUACGCAUCCGAAAGGUUCGGACGGGCUGUGCAAAUGGUGGGGCGAGUUCUCCGCUGCCGAGAAGUCCUGGAUCGUUUACUGGGACCCUCUAAGAGGCCGCGUCGAGGGCUUGAAAGCUACCUUCUGGGCAGAGCAGGUGACUGCUGUUUCAUGCUAGUGCAGGACUGGCCCAAGAUUGAUUCUCAUCGACGGGAUCUGGUGUCUAACACUGGCGUGGAUGCUGAAAUUGAACAUGAAAUGUUUCGGGACUGUCCGGACCUGGACAGUGUGGAAUUGAGUCUUUUGCCUGAAAAACUUGAAUCAAUGGAGCAAAUGCUGAAGACUGGGCUUUCCUGCUACAAGAGAGGCCUCGAACUCAGCCCAGAGCUUGUAAACUUCAAUCGAAGAAUAGGGAAUGUACAUAAUGAACUAGGUUGCCUGUACAUGAGCCAAGCCCAGGCCAAAUAUGAUGACACUGUUAAAAAAAUGCAAAUGAGCUAUGCAAGGAUGGAUCCCUUGGUCAAGUCAGCAUUUAGGGCAAAGUUUGACCAAUCCUUGGAACAUUUAGAAAAAGGAUUGUCAUCUUUUGAGGCCGUUGAUGACAAGGCAAAUGUGGCUCUGCUUUACUCAAAUAUUGGAAGAUUGCUUAGGUUGUGUGCCCACUUCUAUGCUCCUGCUGGUGCCGACCCUAAAGAGCAUUUCUUUCAUGAACGCUCAUUUUAUAACAGGUCACUCUCGAGUUACCAAAGUGCCCUUGAUAACUUAGGGCAGAGGAAGGGACAUGAGGAUAUUUGGGAUGCUGUUGUGUGGGAGCUUUCAACUGCGCUCUACAACAUGGCAGUUCUUGCUGUUGAGUCUCCUGCUCCACAUAUAAAAACAGCUGAUGAGGCUGAAAGAGUGGCAGUAGAUCUCCUCUUUCGUGCUUUGAAGUACUGUGACUCAGAAACUCCAGGAACACGACAACCAAUUUAUCAGUAUCGAGCAGCAUCAAUUCAUCACAGACUGGCAGCUCUACAUCACAAAUCAUACAGAAAUACAUGGAAUAAAGAUGAAAGACAUGCACGAGCUGUACUUCAGUCCAGCCGACUCCACUAUGAAAAAGCUUGUGAUAUGUAUACUUCCUUAGAGCGUCCAGGAGAGUACCUCAAUGCUCAAAUGGAAAGGGUUGCUCUAGCUGAAUUCAUUGCUCUAAAUGCUACCACCCCUGCUGCCAGGCUCCGAGCAUAUAAUGCAGUUUUAGAGCUACUUUUUAGUGCUGCCCCUAUGUUGCAUGUUCUUGCAUCACGCAUGGAUGCAAGUAAAGGAGGCGGGGACAUGCCAAUGUUCUUUGAAGAAACGCCCGCAGCUGAAGAAGAAGAAGUUAAAAGAGAAUUAGGUUUUUUAAAUCUUUUUGAGCAGCGUCUCCAGUCAAAUCUACUUGCAGCUACAAAAUCAAAUGCGCAAUGUUCUAAAAAGGAAGAGAGUGGUGGUUCUGUAUAUAAAACAAUGUACAGUCUGUCUUUGCGUGCUCCUGUUCAUAUCACAAUAGAAAAUAGGGAAGCUGUAACAGCAACUGCUAAGCAUUUACAUUCUGUUGUUCAAAAGAUAGUAAAUGUUUGGAAAUCUUCAAAUAAGUAGUAAACAUUGACACAUCACAUAACUCUUUUAAGAGAAGCCAAAGUCAUGAUGUUUGUGAUUUCUUUUAGAAUAAGGCUGCUUUUAUGUAAUCUGAUGGUUGUGACUGAUUUAAUUUUUUAAAUCUAAAACAUUAUUGUGUAUCUCUUGAGUGUAGUACUGACUUAAAGCCAAGUAAUUUACUGUUCAUCUCUCAAUUGAAGCUGUCCCCAAUCGCCAUGAUGUUACAGAUGAGAAAAGUCUGGGACCAUUAUUGUUUACUUAUCAUUGAAACAUGACCAAAUCAAAACUCUUUAUGAAUAUAAAGUAGAAGCUGCUGCUUAUCCUUCCCUCUACAGUCUACUGUUUAAAAAUUGUGGUUUGUAUCUGGAAAUAUAUGGUUGUCUCAGUUCAGUUCCAAGAUUGAAUCCCUUACAAUUCUUUUUCUAAACUGCUAGUGCUGUGAAGUAUAUUUUCAUUUUGACUAUCUGCUUCAAUAGGAAGCUGUGUGAUACUCUAUUUUUGUUGUGUUCAUCUUUUGACAAGUGUUUCUUCUGUUUUAAUCUUUCAGUUUUAUCUUUUUAUCUUUCUUUGUGGUGCUUGACCUUAGUUGAAUCUCAUUUUUAAAUGAUGAUUUUUUUUGUGUGUACAUAGCAAAGCCGUCCUUUUUCUAUACCUUUUGUUGUAAAACUUGUGUACGUUGUAAUUUUCACCAGUCAAAGUAACCCUUGUCUAGGGGUUAUUGAGUAUUGAAGGCUGAUAAACUACGUACUAAUAUUGUACGUAAGAAAGUACCAACUUAAAU